GAUCGACAUUGAUCUCCAAAUGCUGCGAGAUAGGGCAUCUUGUUGGCCGAAUUCACUCACCACAGCGCACACAUGUACUCAAUUCCAUUGUCGCUGUGCUCGACGAGCCCUUAAAGCGAGGUACCUCGGACGGCACCCUGAAUAGCCGUUGGUUUAGGUACCUUACUUAUCGUGCCCGCCCUGGACUGGAAAUUUCAACAUUCCAUCAACACCAACACCAACACCAACACCAACACCAACACCACUGCCGCCACCACCACCAACGCCCCAUGUCCUGAACAGCGCGCCUCGCACUACGCCAGUUGUUCUCAGCUGCGCACAGUCCUGCAUGUCCCUCAAAACCGACCGCCUCAAAGAUGAGGGCUCGCGCACCCAGGUCGUCGCGGCCGGCGCCAUAGCCGGCCUGACAGCACGAUUCGUCAUCGCGCCCCUCGACGUCCUCAAGAUCCGUCUCCAGCUGCAGACGCACUCGCUGACCGACCCCCUCUCCCAGGCCCCCCGGGGCACGCUACCCACCCUACGCCACAUCAUCAAGAAUGAGGGCGUCCGCGCCCUCUGGAAGGGCAACGUCCCCGCCGAGCUCCUCUACGUCUGCUACGCUGGCAUCCAGUUCGGCACGUACCGCUCCGUCACGCUCCUCCUGAAGAAUAUCGGCGGCAUGCCCGAUGCCGCGGAGAGCUUCGUCGCGGGCGCCAGUGCCGGCGCUCUCGCCACGGGCUGCACGUACCCCCUCGACCUGCUCCGAACACGAUUCGCCGCACAGGGCCGGCGAAAAGUGUACGGCAGUCUGGCCGCCGCCGUGCGGGACAUUUACCGCCACGAAGGGCCCGGUGGAUUCUUCCGCGGCGUCGCCCCCGGGCUGGCCCAGAUCGUCCCGUACAUGGGCAUCUUCUUCGUGACGUGCGAGGCCCUGCGCCUCCAGCUCGCGGGUUUCAACAUGCCCUUUGGCUCGGCCGACGCGACAGCCGGCAUGAUCGGUGGCAUAAUCGCCAAGACGGCCGUGUUCCCGCUCGACCUGAUCCGCAAGAGGAUACAGCUCCAGGGGCCCACGAGAAAACGAUACAUCUACGGCGACAUACCAGAGUACAAAUCGGCCACCCGCGCCCUGGGCAUGGUUGUCCGGGCAGAGGGCGUCCGCGGGCUCUUUAGAGGGCUGCCCAUUGCCCUGGUGAAGAAUGCGCCCACCAGUGCGGUCAUGGUGUGGACGUACGAGCGUGUCCUGAAUGUGCUGAUAGCGUCCAACAAGACGGAGGAGAAAAUGAUACCCUGAUAGAAUCAAAGUCUAAAAUGAAGUUUUUAUGCCCUGUCUAAUUUGGAAGAGUGGCAUUGACGGCGUCUGCGCGCUCGAUGCACUCCUCUAUCACGUCCCAGAACUUUUGUGUAUCACAACCCCUGGGUAUCCUGACACCGGCCGAGCCUG